AUGGGUUUGUUAUCGCUAUGGCAAGAAAAGAAAGCGAGAAAAGUUGUGAAAGACUUCACUAAAUUGUUACCCUCGAAAGCGAUCGUGAUCAGAGAUUGUGAGGAAAAGGAGAUCAACAUCGAAGAAAUUGUUGUUGGCGAUUUGGUCAUCAUCAGUUCCGGUUCCCGCAUACCCGCUGACAUACGUAUUCUUCAAACUAACUGCCUCACCAUCGAAGUGUCGGAAGUGACAGGACAAACUUCUCCUGUUGAAUGUACCGCUGAAGCAGCCGCACCACAUGUGUCAGUAUUUGAUUCAAGGAAUGUUGCCUUCAAGGGUUCUUACUGCACCGAAGGUGAUGGAUUGGGAAUUGUUAUUAGGACUGGGAAAUUCACGUUCGAUUAUUUACUACUAAAGGGUCCACCUAAUCUGUACAAAUUGUGA